AUAAUUGUAACAUUUUUCUUUGUACUAUAGUGUGUGGGUGAUCAACAGGGAGCUCUUCUUGGUCAAUUAUGUUUGAAACCUGGUCAAGCAAAGGCUACAUAUGGUACAGGAUGCUUUCUACUUUACAAUACAGGAAAUAUGAAAGUCGAUUCGAGGCAAGGCUUAAUAACUACUGUUGCUUACAAGAUUGGACAAUCUCCAACUGUUUAUGCACUAGAAGGAUCAGUCGCUGUUGCUGGAGCUGCUUUAUCCUGGCUUCGAGAUAAUAUGCAACUUUUUAGUAAUAUAACGCAAAUACAGAAUAUGGCAGAGUGUGUGAAAUCUUCUGGCGACGUGUACUUUGUGCCAGCUUUCUCAGGGCUGUACGCGCCCUAUUGGCAGCAAGAUGCGCGCGGAGUAAUUUGCGGUAUUACCGAGGAUACAGAGCAGUACCAUAUUAUACGAGCAGCAUUAGAAGCAGUCUGCUUUCAAACGAGAGAUAUGUUAGAGGCAAUGGUGAAAGAUUCAGGAACGAAUCUGUCAAUGCUGCAAGUUGACGGCGGUAUGACUGUAAACAAUUUGUUAAUGCAAUUACAAGCAGAUUUAACGGGGAUAACUGUCGUAAGACCAAACAUGGUUGAAACAACAGCAUUGGGUGCCGCAAUUUUAGCUGCCAUUGGUGUAGACUUAAUUGAUAUAAAUGAAGUGGAUGUAUCUCAAGUAACCAAGUUUUCACCUAUGAUAGUUAUAUAG